UACCAACACGUCAGUGGAUGAACUCGUGUUUUAACAAGUGGGCAAGCAGACAGCUCCCAUUGUUAACAUUCAAAUAUCAGAAUAUAUUAAGAGUCUAUGGGCUUCUUUUUUUUUUUUUUUUUUUUUAGGAUUAUCAUAACAAAAGCGCGUUGGGACAAAACCCCAUAAACGCUCCUGUUGUUCCUCACAAACGGAGACAAACACGUGGGUUUUAUUUAAAGGAGCAGAGGCGAUGAAAACAGCGGAGGGAGAGAGGAGUUUCAUUCAUUGGAGUUAAAGCUGUAUGCUGUGUUUUGGCCAGUCGGCCUUCUUCCGCUUCAACCACCCUGAAGAAGCCUUUAGGAUGAAGAGCAUGAUGCCGCAGGGAGGCAGCGUCUCCACCGGGGACUACAGAUUAUGUGCAGAUACAGAGAGCUUGGUCAAUGGGAAUCAUCAGGCCAGUCCAGCCCAGUCUCCCCCAGCUCCUGGAGAAAGAGUCCAGUCUGAGCACAGUGCAAUUGUCAGCUCUAUUGAGAAGGACCUCCAGGACAUCAUGGACUCUCUAGUCAUGGAUGACCCUCAGCCUUCCUCCUCAGACGCCAAAAAGCCUCCUGGAGGCCAACCCAUUCCCCACUCACCCCUGUCGCCCAUGGUCAAUGGAGGGGGCCGAUAUCUGCUGUCCCCUCCUACCAGCCCAGGGGCCAUGUCCGUGGGGUCCAGCUAUGAGAAUACAUCCCCGCCCUUCUCCCCUCUCUCCUCCCCCUCAGCGGCCAGCAGUGGGAGCUUUACCAGCCCGUCUCCUAGUGGAGGACCCCAGGACCAGAGUUCUUCUCUGCCGCCAGUGCCUGUACGCUCCUCUAGCUACAACUUCACCACCCAGCCUCCGCCUGUACCACAGCCACGGACCAUACUGCCUAACUUCAGCAGCGGUGGGGCGGGACAGAAGGUACAAGAAAGCCCCAGGUUGCAAAGGAAGGUCUUAGCAGACGCUCCUCCGAGUCCCAAGCCGAGUCGCAGAGGACUAGGCCAAGAUGGUUCAGAGAGCCCCAGACUUCUGUCCUCUAAUGAAUCUCUCAGUAGUAGAAACAUUGUGCCAAGUAGCCCCAGACUCACUCCCAAAUUCCCAACUUGUCCAUCCCCGUCGCCCUCCAGCCCCAGGACCAAGACCACCACGGUGCUUCAGGAAAGGCCUGCCAGCCCCUUCCGAGAGCAGACCAGCCUAGCUGAUCGCUCCCUCACCUCGAGCCCCUCCAGGCAGCUUUCCCAAACCACCAGAGCCUUCCAGCCUCCUCUGGACCCCAUCGUCCACAUUAUCCAAGGAUCCCCGGUCCAGCAGCAUCCGCGUUCGCUGCAGCCCCCUGAAAGCCCUCGCAUUUCCAGGAGGAACCUGGAGCUGAAUGGGGGCAGCAGCGGGAGCGGCAGUAUGAGAGAGCUUCCGCCUCUUAGUCCCUCCAUGGCUCGGAGAGGGGUCCCGGUACUCCCAGGGGCGCUCCCAGGGACAAUCCCCACCUUAAGGACUCCAGAUAGCCCCUCAGGUCUGGGCAAACUAGUUCCAGAGAGUCCUAGGCUCAGACGUAAGACCGGAUCUACAUCCGAAGAGCCGACGUGCAGCAGGGGGAUCCGAGCCCGCAGUCCCUCGCCUACCUCUCUGAUGAUGGAGGGUAGUAGCGGCGGGGGGGGAAGGAAAGCGAGCUUCGGGAAUUCCCUGUCGCCCGCUUACAGUCUAGGCUCUCUGCCCGGCUCAUCUCCCGUGUCCAGCCCCAGGAGCCACAGGAAGAUGUCCACUGGGAGACCACACCCAGGGAUGAGGGAGAGGAAGAACAGCAUCACAGAGAUCAGCGACAACGAGGACGAGCUGCUGGAGUACCACCGGAGACAGAGGGAGGAGAGGCUCCGAGAGCAGGAAAUGGAGAGACUGGAGAGGCAGCGACUGGAGACCAUCCUCAACCUCUGUGCCGAAUACAACAAAGGAGAGAGCCCCGGCCUGGACCCCAUGGGCUCAGGGAGGGCAGGUUUCCCCGGAGCGCUGGGAGACGGCUCCUCGGGGCGGAGGCCGUCCAUGGAGAACGUCCUGGGAGGGACCCUGUCUCCAGCCACGCUACGCCUGGCGCAGAGGCAGAGGGAGAGCGACGAGGAGAACCUGAAGGAGGAGUGUAGUAGCACAGAGAGCACUCAUCAGGAGGUGAGGACAUCUCCCGCUCUCAGUACAGCAUCAGCACUGCACAAUGGAGACAGACAGCACGAGGACUCGUCCAGCUCGGGCAGCGCCGGCCGACUGGAGCUGGGUUACCUGGAGGACGAGCGGGUCCGCGUCCUGGCUCGGAUCGACGAGCUUAAAGGCCGGCUGACGGAGCUGGAGCAGCAACUCCAAGAGUCCAAACAAGAGGCAGAGAUGGAGCGCGCCUUGCUGCAGGGAGAGAGGCAGGCGGAGCUGGACCAGAUGGAGGCCGAAACGGACAUCAUCGCCCAGUUGCAGCAGAAGCUCGACGAGCUGGAGAAUGCAAUCCAGAGGGAGAAAGACAAGGAGAGGGCUAAUGUUGAGGCAGAGCGCCGGGCCCUGCAGAGCCUCCAGGAGGGUUACGCUGAGCUGAAGAACCAGCUUCAUAACUGUCCCGAGUCCCUGCGGGAACAGUUGCAGGAACAGCUCAAAAGGGACGGAGAGGCGCUGGAAGCAGGAACCAAAAAGUUUGAGGACCUGGAGUUUCAGCAGCUGGAGAGAGAGAGCAGCCUGGAGGAGGAGAGAGAAACCAUCAGCCAGCAGCUGCUGCAGGAGAGAGCAGAGUACCACAGCAACGUGGCCAAGAGGAAGGAGAAAGUGUCUGCUCUGGAGAACCAGGCCCACCAGCUGGGCCUGCAGGCGUCUCAGGAGUGUGAGCGGCUCGCCAAAGACAGAACCAUCACAGUGCAAAUGCUCCAGAAGGAGAAGGAGAGGCUGUCAGCUCUGGAAAAGAGAUACCACAGCCUGACCGGAGGGAAGAGCUUCCCGAAGUCGUCCACGGCGAUGAGAGAGGAAGCGCUCCACAUCAGUGAGGUGGACCUGUUGUUGGAGGACGUCCACUCCUCCCAGCAUUCCAUCUGCCGAGCUUCUCCCUCCUCCUACUUACAUCCCUCCCCUCACUGUCAGUUGUACCCCAGCAGCCCUACAGAGGAGUAUAUGAAGCUGUCGGACGUCUAUAAGAUGUACGGCAGCGGCGGCCUCCGUGAAAGCAACAAGCCCACCUGGCACGGCCGCUCGGUUGCCAUAGACGCCGCAUUAGCUGGCACCAGCGAGGAGUAUGUGACAGUGGGCCAGUUAAAUCAGAUGUAUGGGAUGCCAAAGGUGGAGUCGUCCCCUACCUCCCCGCUUCGCCAGCCCCUACAGUCCGGAGCGGUGGACCACCACCACCAACACCACCACCACCACCAUCACUCCGCCUUCUCCUGCCUCCCCUCUCCUCACGGCUCCUCCCUGUCUCUCUCUGUGGAGUACCAGCCUGAGGGCAGCAGGCCUCACCUCCCCAAGCUAGAUUUAGAGCAGUGGUACCAGGAGCUGAUGGCAGAAUCCAGUCAGCUCUGUCCUCCCCCUCUGCCAGCUAAGGGUCUGUCAGGCCGCAGGCUGGCGCUGCAGGUGUUCCGCUCCAAGCUGGACAGUGAUCCAGGACAGUCCUCUUAUCAGCCCAGAUCAGGCUCUGGAUCCCCUCUGCAGCACGGAGCAGCAACACUGGGACGCAACUCAAGCUCCAAGAGCCCUCUGCUGGCGGCCAACAGUACUGGCAGUCUGCCCCGGAACCUGGCUGCCACUCUGCAGGACAUCGAGACCAAGAGACAGCUGGCUCUGCAGCAGAAAGGUCAGCAGGUUAUCGACGAGCAGCGCCGUCGCCUGGCCGAGCUCAAGCAGCGAGCGGCGGCGGAGGCUCAGUGCCAGUGGGAGGCGCUCCACGGCUCGCAGACUCACCUCCUCACCUCCUCCACCCCGUCGCCCUCCUACUCCCCCGCGCUGAGCCACAGCUCCAUAGGGGGCCCUCCUUUAGUGCACCACUCCAUCCUGCACCACCAGCCCCCCUCAGCCGGAGAGCAGCCCUACGACACACUGAGCCUGGAGAGCUCCGACAGCAUGGACACCAGCGUGUCGACGGGGAACAACUCCGCCUGCUCACCUGAUAACAUGUCUAGCUUCGGAGGAGUGGACACGCUGAAGAUAGAGGAGAUGGAGAAAAUGCUGAAGGAGGCACAGCUAGAGAAAGCCAGACUUAUUGAAUCUCGGGAACGGGAGAGCCACGCUCGCCGUCAGAUGCUGGAGGAGGAGAGGAGGAGGAGGGAGGAGGCGGAGAAGAGACUGCAGGACGAAACUUUCCACCGGCAGCAGCUGGUGGAGAAGGAGGUCAAGAUGAGGUCCAAGAACUUCUCUCAGGCCCGUCCUAUGACUCGCUACCUGCCCAUCAGAAAGGAGGAGUUUGACCUGCGCACCCACGUGGAGACAUCGGGUCACAACGUGGAAACCUGCUACCACGUCAUCCUCACUGAGAAGAUGUGUAAGGGCUACCUGGUCAAGAUGGGAGGCAAGAUCAAGUCCUGGAAGAAACGCUGGUUUGUCUUCGACCGCCUCAAAAGGACCUUCUCCUACUAUGUUGAUAAACAUGAGACCAAGCUGAAGGGUGUGAUCUACUUCCAGGCGAUAGAAGAAGUUUAUUACGAUCACCUGCGCAGCGCCACCAAGAGCCCCAACCCCUCCCUAACCUUCUGUGUAAAGACCCACGACCGGCUCUACUACAUGGUGGCUCCGUCAGCAGAGGCCAUGAGGAUUUGGAUGGAUGUGAUCGUCACAGGAGCAGAGGGAUACACACAGUUCAUGAACUAACAAGACACACACACACAUACACACACACAAUACUGAGAACGCAGGUGACGAGCGGAUCGUUUCGGCAGGGACUCUCCCAUCACAGACUCUACAGGCUUCUUCCUGUUUCCAGUCCUCAGUGGACACAGCGCCUUCUUUGUUACUUUUUUCAUUUUUUAAUCUCACACCUUUCAUUUUGACUAUGUAGAUGUUUUCACCUCCAUAUUUUCUACGUGAUUCUGUCUGGAUUGAAAAAGGGAG